UUUAGACUUUUCGUUUUCCCUCUCUCCAAUUGGAGUUGGAGGAAGAAAGCGAAGGGAGAGGAAGAAAACCGCAAGUAGAAGAGUAGCAGCAGCAAAGGAAGAAGGAGGGAAGAAGAGGAAGAGAAGGAAGAGCACGAAGGAAGGAAGGUGGGAGAUGGCGGUCCUUGUCAUCAACAUCCUCUCCUCUGCAUCCCUCUUCUCUCUGGGUCUCUGGCACCUCGUCUGCUCCGCCAAGAAUCACCUCCGCUCCCCUCGCGAGUUCGCUGCCCGCCCCUGGCACCCGAUCACCUUCCACCCCCGUCUUCGCCACCUCCAGCUCCACCUUGUUCUUGCCUUCCUCUCCGUCGCCAUUUUGUACACCCUGUUCGUCUCCGCUGACUCUGACCCCCUCGUCAAGGGCAGCACCCCUGUCUACCGCUUUUCCUCCCUUCAAUCUGCGGCCGUUCUCCUCUUCUUCCUUGUCCUCUCCCUCUCGAUCCUCCUUUCCGAAACCACCACCCUCUUCCCCUUCCCAUCCGAGUUUUUCUUUUUCGUCGCUUCUGCAGGCUUCGCCCUCCACUCCUCCACCCUCCGCAGCUCCUCCACCGUCACCUCCGGCAUUCAGGGCAAGUGCGAGUUCCUCGCCUCCAACGUCUCAGCCGCGACAGCCGCCUUAGCGCUCGUCCUCGCCUGUAACCCUAGAAUCUUCGUCGCUGACCUCGCCCUCGGGGCCUCCGUCUGCCUCCAGGGCCUCUGGGUUCUCCAGACGGGCCUCUCCCUCUAUGUGGAGGCGUUCAUUCCCGAGGGUUGCCACCGGCUCCUGGACGUGGCGUCUGGCAUCGAAGGCUCCACGACGUGCGAUCUGGAGGACUCGAGGCUCCGCGCCCUUGCCCUUCUCGAUCUCGUCUUUGUGUUCCACGUGAUCUUCGUUCUGGUGGUCGUGGUGGCGGCGUAUGCGCUGGCGGUGAAGUUUGUGGGAAUCAGGAGGUUCGGAUCUUAUGAGGCGUUGCCGACUUCUUCUCUUUCUGAAGGAAACCACGUUCAGAUGAAAUCGUUGGUCAAGGAGAUGCAACCAUAACCGAUGCUCGAUUCGAAAAGGAAAUGUAUGAGAUCUGUUUUAGUUGUUUUCUUAGUCAUUUAGCACAGAGCAGCAUCCAGAAUGUAGUUUCUGUCUCUCAUUUUUUUUCUUGGAUUUCAUGAGGGUUUUGUUGUACAGAAUCGGUCGACUGUUGUUGAAUUGAGUUUCCUUUUUCUAGAAUUUUAGAAAUUUUGUAUCAAUCUGAUCUGUGUGACAUGGAAGAUGGGAUCUGGAUUGUCUA